GGUAGGUACACUGCCUCCAGGCUGCAGCUCCAUACCAUACGUAACUUGCCACGGUCAACACUCUCAUGGCCCAAGAAAACAGGAAACAGCUCGCCUGAAGACCUGCAGAAGCCCGCCGGCGCAUCGGGCUGCCUGUUGCCCAACUCCGUCAUGAACAACGUACACGAAAUCAAUCGCAUAAAUCAGAGGGAGCUAGAGCUUGCAGUCUCUGGUGGCGCUGGAAGCUGGCAUGAUGAAUACAAAGAUUCCGCGUACGUGUUCGUAGGCGGGCUUCCUCUGGAACUGACCGAAGGCGACGUCAUUACCAUCUUCUCUCAGUACGGUGAAAUUCUGGAUAUCAACCUUCCGCGUGAGAAAGAUACGGGCAAGAAGCGGGGAUUCGGCUUUCUCAUGUAUGAGGACCAACGCUCGACUGUACUCGCUGUUGACAACCUGAACGGUGCCAAGGUUUUAGAGAGAACGCUGCGCGUUGACCAUGUUCGCUCGUACAAGCAGCCGAAGGUCCGGGGAGAGGAUGGGGAGAUGGAGGAGCGAGAAGAGCAGUCUAUGAAUGCCGCCCCUCAGCUGAUCGAAGACGAGGCAGAUGCGUCGCCAAACGAUGACGAUGCGGAUCUGCAGGACCCAAUGGCGGCAUACUUUGCUACGCAACGAAGAGCUGGCUCAUCCAAGGACUCAGAAGAGAAGGCACGGCGCAGGGAAGAAAAGCGCCGUCGUAAAGAAGAGCGCGACCUGAAGCGGAUGCGAAAAGCAGAGCGACAGGAACGCAGGGAAUCGAGACCACGCGAUCACGAGUCUCGCUCGCGGGGCACUCUUGACAAGCAUGCAGGCUAUUCGGAUCGCAGACGUAUGAAGGAGCGGGCCGAUGGACGGUUAUCUGAGCGUGACACGCACGCUGGGCAGUCAUAUUACGAGGAUCACAGAGCGCGAGAACUCAGACAUCAGCAUCGAUCUCGCUCUAGGUCGCCGAUUGGGCGUGCGUUAUCAUCUCGCCGAUAUGAUGGAGACUAUUACAGAAACGACAGAUAGGGCCGAUUUUGUAUAAUUCGAUUCUCUGAAUGUCAUUGC